CCUAGAUGUACCGGGUGCUGUAUGGACGUCGCUGACGUAGUAAGAAGUUGCCGCCGCAGCUGGAGCUGAGUGCUGGUGAACCCUUCUGCGCGAGCUGUCACCUGGGGAGAGGACACGAGGUCGGGCAGUGACAGGAAUUGUGAUACCACUGGAAAUGUGUUUCUGAACGUGUGCCCAGAAUCUGGUGACGCUUGACAAUGGAACAGCAGCUUUCCUACACACCCAGGCUGUUUAUACAGGACAAACUUUGGAAAGAUUUAGUGCUGUCCGAUGCUGCACUGGCUUUUAUGUCUAGUUAGGAUGGUUUUACAAUUAACCCACAACAUGGAAUCGGCACUUUGGUCAGGAAAACAAUAUGGAUCUUCUCGGAGUUUAGUCCGGAAAAUAGGUUCUAAUCUCUCCAUUUUACAGUCACCGAGAGUUCAUUUGCAGCUUAUUCCAUAUCCUGUAGCAAUAAAUGGCAGGAGUCUAAAUGGAGCCGUAGCUUCAUUUGCUGAUGUAGGCUGGGUCGUAGAUGAGGAGGCAGAAGCAAGUGCGAGACUCAGGACUCAGAACAAUUGGCACCACCGUCUGUCACCAGAGGAUGGCAUAACUCACUUUGACACACCAAUACGGAGACAAGUGUCAAUGCCCAGUUUAUUGAGAGUUGAACCACCAGAGGUCAAACCUCAGUCCCCAACCAAUGAAGACGCUUUGCAGAAGAUCAAUGCACUGGAAGGGGAACUUGCCAACUUGAGGGCCCAGAUAGCAAAGAUAGUUACCUUCCAGGAGCAGCAGAGUGUGACAGCAGUGUCUAGUCCUACAACUGCAUUUUACCCCGGAGGUCCUCCUUUGGGUGGACCGCCACCACCCCCUCCUCCGCCGCCACCCCCUCCACUACUACCUGGUCUUCAACGCAGCAUCUCCGCUAUUGACCUCAUCAAUGAGAGAAAAGGAAAGAAAACCAGCCCAGAUACCACAGUGUUCGACAGCGUACCAAAGCAGCCUGAGAUACCAAACAUGUUAGAUGUCCUUAAAGACAUGAAUCGAGUGAAGUUGCGCUCAGUUAAAAGGACUGAAGAACCUAAACCUAGUGACCCGUCUGAUCCCGCCACUCUCAUUGCAGAAGCUUUAAAGAAGAAGUUUGCGUACAGAUAUAGAAGUGAUAGCUACGGGGAAUCGGACAAAAAAAGUUUUCCUAAUGUGGAAGAGAAAAUGGUCACAGAAACUCCACUGUUUGGACCUCACAUGCUGAAAUCGACAGGGAAAAUGAAGAGCCUCAUCGAAUCUUCACAUUCAUGACAAUGAGGAUCUGGGGGUCUUCUAAUCCACAAUGGACAAUCAGUAUUUCCAGUGAUGGUGGGCUUGGACAUGCAGCGUAUCAUUCCCUUGAGGGAAACCUGUGAACGGCUCACAAUCUGGAGUAACAAUAAGGGUCUAUUCACACGUACAGUCUUCUGUGCAGAUUUGAUACGCAGGAUUUUCUGCUGCAGAUUCCAGUGUAAACAGAAUGACUGAGCACAGCUUCAAAUCUGCGCAGAAUACUGUACGUGUGAAUAGACCCCAAGUCUUGCCAUGUAGAAUUGUAGUACAUAGUAACUAAGCAAUGAUGACGAUGAGAACUAGGGAUAUAUUUAUAAAGAUUUUGGUACUAUAGUUUGUGAAGUAAUACUGUAUAUUGCUGCAGGCAUUGCUAGGGAUAUAGGCUGUUGCGUUGACAGACUUCUCUUCCAUUCACUUCAGAAAGGCACUUUAUAUUCAUGUGAAUGGGGAAUCUAUAAGAUGUCACAUUGGUGACGUCUAAGCUCUUGGAUCACCAUUGAUUUCCUAAGGUAAAGGCCUCGAUAAAACACUCCUAGCAUGGCACAGACACUUGUUACUAGAAAUCUAAUGAUUUGACAGUUUUCUGGUAACCUGAUCUCUGUGCCGUGCCAAAGGGGUAUACACAUCAUUUAGAACCCUGCCCUUUCAAUGUGGAAAUCUGGAGUGGUUCAUGUUCAGACUAACAUGUGACCUAUUAGAUCAUUGUCACUAGAUUUCCCAUUAAAGUGUUCUGCAGUUAGGGUAUUUAAAUAAAUAAAAAAUCUUCAUAUUUUAGGGAAAAAUUUCUAGGAAACUUUAAAUUUUUGAAAUUUCUUAACAGUUUUGUUUGUGUUGCCGAAUUUUGAGAAAUACUGAAGCAGUGUUGACUCAUUGGGAGCAUUGUUACACCCCAUCUCCAUGCUGCUUAAUGUGGUAAUAUCGGGCUGCUUACAUGUCUCGUCUGCAUUUCCUAUGUUACAUAUGCCAGACCACAGUAUUAUUCUGCAGUUGUCAGACCAUAAGGCCAUGUUCACAGAGGAAGGUUUGCGGAAUGGCCCCCCUAGAAAACAUUAAUGGACUUCUGCAAAUUGCGGGCAUUGGCUGAAACAUGUAGUGCCCACUCACAAAUGUCAGAAAAGGGCCAGAAUCGUGGCUUCUGCCGCCGAAAUUCCGCAGUGCAGCAGAAUCCACUGAAAGCAAUGGGACUCUGCUGCAACGCAAUUUCGCAGCUGAAAUUUUCCUUCGAAUUCUGUCGUGUGAACAUGGACAAAGAGUUCAUCCAAGCAAGUUGCUACAGUUCUCACAACAAAUCUGAGCUCCUCGCUUUUCAUUAAUAUCUUAACAAAUCUACAACAUUUUUCUCUUGAUACAUAUAGUUGUUUUAGAAGACAUUGCUCUAUUGCAGUGUUUCCCAACCAGUGUGCCUCCAGCUGUUGAAAAAC